AAAUCGAUGUAAAUAUUUUCUUUUCUUUCCUAACCCAGCCAUAGUCACAGAAAACAUGGAGUGUAUAAUAAAGGAGAAAGAAUCUCCCGAACUCAACACCAUCCUACAAGUAACCACCGAAAAUGAAAAUACAAAUGAAUUCAUUUGUUUCCAAUGCUUUAAAGAUUUUGAAACUCAAGGUGUAAUGCUGGAGCACAUUGAAAUCGAGCAUUUCACAUUUAUUUGUGAUAAAUGUAACAAACAUUUUCCCACCGAAAAGAGGCUUAAGAAACACUUGAGAGAUGCUCAUUUGUCUGGAAAGUUUCCAUGUCCUAUUUGUAAUAAAAUAUUUACACGUAAAGAUCAUUGCAAAGAUCACGUUUACACGCAUUCAGAAAAACCUCUAUUUCGUUGCAAAUUUGAAAAUUGUGACAAGAUAUUUCGCCAGUCAAUUAAUCUAAAACAACACGAAAAAAUACAUACUGGAAACUAUCGCAAACAAUGUCCUCUAUGUAAUGAAAGUGUUGUACAAUUGUCCAAACAUUUGCAUACUCAUUUAGAAACAAAACAACAUCAAUGCAGUCAUUGCGAUAAAUCCUUUACAAGACGUUGCUAUUUGACUGCACACGAAAAAAUUCACCUCGGUGAAGCUGGAUUUUUCUGCAAGGAUUGUGAAAUGGAAUUUAAAUCAUCUAACGCUCUUUACAAGCACACACGGAGUAAACACAAUGCCGAGAAAUAUAUUUGCGAAGUUCCAGGAUGCGAUCAGGAGUUUAAUAGAAAGGACAAUAUGCAGUCGCAUAUGAAGCGAAAACAUUAAAACAACAGUACAAAAAAAAAUGUUGAAUCUUAUAAAAUAAGGUAAUGUGUAGGUUUGUCUUUUCAUGGACGACCUGCUUCACUAUUUAGUAAAAAAAACAAAAUAGAA